AUGCGCCCGCAGCUAGGCGCGUACGCCGGGAAAAACUUUCCAGCGCCGGUUUCCCCCGAGAUGCACACUCCAAAUUUGGACGGACUAGCUUCACGUAGUUUGCUGCUUGAGCGAGCUUACGUUCAAGAGGCGCUUUGCUCGCCAAGUCGGACGUCAUUGCUCACAGGAAGGCGCCCGGAUACAACCCGCGUCUGGGAAAUUGGGCCGUACUUUAGAGAUGUUGGCGGCAAUUUUACGACAUUGCCAGAAUACUUCAAAAUGAACGGUUACAGGGCAGUUGGAAUGGGUAAAAUCUUCCAUCCAGGAAAAGCAUCAGGUGGCGACGAUCCUAUUUCCUGGUCGGAGCCAUAUUUUCAUGGUAUAAACAACUUCGAAGGCAAAAAUAACAGUUGGUUCGCCGUCCCCGACGAAUUGUUAGUAAACCAACCGCUUCGAGACCAGCAAAUAGCAGACCAGGCGAUAAAAACUUUGAAAAGACUAGCACCGGCUGCAAAGUCCGGAAAACAACCUUUCUUCAUUGCUGCUGGGUUCCAUAAGCCCCAUUUACCGUUUGUUUUUCCGAAGUCUUUCUUGAAAUAUUACCCCACAGUAAAAUUACCAGACAAUCCUUACGCACCAGUGAAUAUGCCGGAGGCUGCGUGGUUUAACUACUGGACCCUCAGAGGCUACGAGGAUAUUAAAAAAUUACAUAAAAGUGGGGCAAUCAAUACAACACUUCCGGAUGAUGUCGUCGUAGAAUUAAGGCGCGCAUAUUACAGCGCCAUUUCCUUCACAGACUCGUUGGUUGGAAGCGUGUUGGCAGAACUCGAGAAUCUCGGCUUAGCAAACAACACGAUUGUAUCUUUCUGGGGUGAUCAUGGUUAUCAGCUAGGUGAACACGGGGAAUGGACGAAGCAUACCAAUUUUGAACUGUCUGUACAUGCGCCAAUGAUGUUACAUGUGCCGGGGCUUACUGAUAAAGGUAUCAAAACUGAUCAACUAACAGAAUUCGUGGACCUCUUUCCUACAUUAGUAGAAGCAGCCGGACUGAAACCGCUUCCGAUAUGCCCAAAUAACUCCCGGGAAACAGCACUGUGUCGAGAAGGCACAUCCUUAAUGCCUUUAAUUGCGCAACCCGAUAAACCCAUCAAAAUGGCCUCAUUUUCUCAGUAUCCAAGAACAGUGAAGAAAGACGUUGAUGGUAUGGACACAAUGGGAUAUACUGUAAGAACUGACCGUUACAGAUACACUGAGUGGCCGAAGUUUAAAUACGCACCCGACUAUAAACCGAAAUGGAACAAACUCGCGGGCGUCGAGUUGUACGACCAUCUAACGGAUCCCGAAGAAAACGUGAAUCAUGCAGACGAUAGCCAAUAUACUGCUAUAAGGAAACAGUUGAGUGAACUGCUACAUGCUGGAUGGAGAUCUGCCCAGAUUGAACAAAUAUUCGUGUAG